AUGUAUAACAAGACCAAGAAAACAUACGCUACGUACAAAGAUGCAAAGUUCUCAGUGGAUCAAAGAUAUAAAAUCAAACAGCUACUUGGAAAGGGAACGUAUGGCACUGUGUGCUCAGCAGUUGAUACCAGAAGCUCGAGCAACCUGCUGAAUGAGGAAGAGGUGAAGAUCGCCAUCAAGAAGGUUUCGAAUAUUUUUGAGAAGGAAGUUUUACUAAAUAGAGCAGUCAGAGAACUAAAAUUGAUGAGGCACUUCAAAGGUCAUAGAAAUGUCGUUAAUUUAAUUGAUUUGGACAUAGUUUACAUUGAACCAUAUGAGGGUUUAUACUGUUACCAAGAACUUGCAGAUUAUGAUUUGGCAAGAGUUAUCUAUUCCUCAAUUCAGUUUUCAGAAUUCCACAUUCAGAGCUUCAUAUAUCAAAUUUUGUGUGGAUUAAAGUAUAUUCAUUCAGCUGAUGUCAUACACAGGGAUUUAAAGCCAGGGAAUAUACUAGUGACUAUACAAGGGUGCCUAAAGAUUUGCGAUUUCGGUUUGGCCAGAGGAAUCAAUCCCAAAUAUUUUAAGAAUAAAUCUUCACCAAUCACUAAUUAUGUCGCAACAAGAUGGUACAGAGCUCCAGAGUUGGUAUUGUCACAAAAGAAUUACGGAAAGUCCGUUGAUUUAUGGGCAAUUGGUUGCAUUUUGUCCGAAUUGUAUGGCAGGAGACCAUUAUUGAUGGGGAAGGAUAAGUUUCAUCAAUUGCACGAGAUCAUCAAAGUCUUGGGCACGCCAAGGAAAGAUAUUAUAACGAAGUAUAAAUGGAAUUUGUCAACCACCGUAAAACCUCAGUAUGAAAGGGUAAAGUGGAAUGCAAUAUAUCCUUUUGCAUCCAGCGAGGCACACAAUUUGUUGGACCUGUUACUUUGCUGGGAUCCAAAUGAAAGGUUUACAGUUCAACAGUGCCUAGAGCAUAUCUAUCUACUGAAACUAAGAGAUUUAGAAAAUGAGCCAGUAUGUAACCAACUUUUUGACUUUAGCUUUGAAACAAGUUGCACCUCAAUGUCGGACUUAAAAAUGUUACUUCAUGAAGAAGUGGAGGCAUUUAGGAGCGAAGCGAUAGUGAAUAAGGAGAAGUGA